AUGACUAUGCAUAAUUUGGUGCGAUUCAUGCCCAUGCCCAAUGUGGAUGGUACUGAAAAUUUUGUUUCUGAAGCAUCUAAGAGUACAAAGACUGGGCGUAAGGAUAGUGCAAAAGUUAGUAAAAGAAAUGUUUUGCGGCAAUCGAAAAAAAGAAAUUCUUAUGGUACAAAUAAGCGAGCUCGUAAGACUAAAAAAAGGCCACCAGAUAGAUUUAAUAACGCCGUUUACUUCAAAAAAAGCAACAAUUCGAGUAAUUCUAACAUUCGAAUAAUUUGGACCGAGGACGGACAGUUCAAAAUCGUCGAAGGUGACGAUAAUGAUAAUGAAUCCAAAGGAAAAAGUGCCGGUCGGCCACGGACACAAAGUUAUGCGAGAAAUUUGAACGGCGCAUCGCGCAAAAACAAAAAAUCGACUGACAAAGAUGUUGGUUUAGCUCGUCGCACAAAGAUGAAGAGUGCUUCAAAAAAUACUGUCAAUAGAUCUACUUCUGUUCGUACGGACAACGACAAAGAAAUUGACGAAAGGCAGAUCUUACCAUUGAGAAACGCGGGUGAAGAAAAUCCAAUUAUGUCUACAGAAGACUUGCAAGAGUCCGAAAAAACAUUUGAUGUAGACUUGAAGUCUUCAAACAUGAUUCAAAAUAAUAUCAUUGCAAUUUCGACUGAUCAUAUUAAAAGUGAAGUCAUAGAUGUUACCGACAGAAGGCUAAGUUCAAUGAUUUAUUCCGCCAUCUCAAAGAAUAACAUGAACUUUCUCAAAGAGUCGAAGAAAAAAUGGGAUAGUGUGCAACGCGAUCGAAUGGAAAAAAACCAAAGUGUCCUUGCUAUAGGAAGAAAAAAAGAUUGCAAGCAAAUACUUCAGUCAAAAUAUGCAAAGAAAUUUUGGGAGACUAGAGAGCAAACAUUAUGCAGUCUUCCUCCGGGACGCCAUGUUCGACAAACAGAUAGGCACUGUGCGACACAAAGUAGAAAUAACACAUUUCGUAAUUAUUCCGCAGAGCCACAAAGAAGCACACAAGUUGACCGCAAACUUCAAUCUCACUCACGUUCUAAUUCUCCGGAACAAAUUGUUGAGAGCCUUCCAAUUUCAACCAGAACUAGGAACAAAAGGAUCUCGAAUUCAAUUGCAGAAGAAAAAAUUCGACAAUCCGAUGUCGAGCCUUCUGAAUUCAUUCCAGCCGGAAGGGCAGCAUAUCCGCUUCACACUAAAGGACAUGACAAUUUCGAAACAUCCGGAGAAGUUAACGAUUCUCAUGAUACCAUAACGAAAGAUAGUGGAAUAAUGGAAACUUUAAUACAUGAAUUGCCAAAAUCAUCAAACAACAAAGAAAAAAAUCAAGAAUGGGAUUGGCAAACUGAUGAAGAAACAGUCGUAAUGAAAAGCGCAAACUGGGAGGAUGCAAAUGAACUCCAUACGGAGAACGAAGAGGAGACUAUUGAGUUAGCAAGUGAUGGAUGGAAUGGCAGCGGUGUUAAUAUCGAGUGGGAUUUUCCAAUUAAUCACGAAGAUGUUAUGAUGAAUGAUAAUUCGACUCUUUUAGAGAAUAUAAAUGAAGAAAGGAAUUCAAGUCAGUCUUUAACAUCUCAGGAAAAUUUACAAAUUGAACCGCAAGCUUUUACUCAAAAUUUUGCUCAGCAGUUGACAUAUACCGAAGAUUUACAGGUCGAUUUGAAGGAAAAUUCCAAAAACGGAUUGGAGGUCGAACAAUAUGUUGAUCAUCAAAACUCGGCGCAGCUAAAUUCCGAACACUCAGCCUUGCCAAUGGUUCUGGAUGUUCUGGAUGAGACUCCCGUUGGUAGCACAAGUAGAAAUACGUCCGAUAUGUCCGAUAUUAUACCUAACUCACCCCUUACGAGUCUCUUGGAAAGAUUUGUAGAAUCCUCCACAACACUCGAUUCAUUCAGUGAUGAUAUUGAUGAUUGCAUGCUGUACUCUGUGACCGACUUGAACGCGUAUUCGCGUCCGACGACCCCUUCAACAGAAGUCGAUAUCACAUUUGAAGAUUGUCUUGCAUAUUCACAACAAUCAAUAAUGAUAGAUGAACUUAAUUAUUCGCAAAUAAUACCUCCAAUAAAUAAAAAUGAUGUUUCAUUUCAAGAUUAUUGUAGCGGAUUGUAUUCAAUAACCACCACUCCAAGGCAGGAAAUGGAUAAUCCUUUAGAUGGUUUGGAAUAUAAUCCAAAUUUGGCCUCACUUUAUCCAUUGUGCACAAUUGAAGAUGCCAUAGGAAUUCAAGUUGACGAUGUCGAUAAUAAUGCUAAUUAUCGAAGAUUGGAAGGACCUUUGUCAAGUAUGCGGGAGGAAGUGCCUUUCGGAGAUAAAAAAAGUCUGUUGUGUUCUGAAGCCUCAAAGUACUUCAGUGAUGAAAAUGCCAAUAUCUCAACUGAUAGAAGGGAGAAAAUUACGCACAUGAACCCUUUCAGUAAGCCAAGGUUGGUCCUAGGUCCCACAGGCCUAGAUAUUACUUUGCAAGAAUCACCGGUAAAAAAUCAUUUGCUACCUUCGAAACGUGAAGAACCUUCUUAUUCGACAAGCGACGAUAAUUUGGAAACUAUUAAAACAGAACAACAAGUAAAAAAACCAAGACAUAGACGUAGCAAAUGGUCCAAUCUAGAAUUAGAAACCCUAGAAAAAGGGAUGGAAGAAUAUGGAACUAGCUGGGCAAAAAUUCUGGAUGUAUAUGGGAAACCCCACGGUCACUUAAGAAACCGAACAUCCGUUCAAUUAAAAGACAAAGCGAGGAACGAAAAAUUGCGAAGAACUCGUGAAAACAUAUCACCUGGUAUAUUCGACAUCGCGACAGACUAUUGCUUAAAAGAUACUUGA